AUGCCACGUCCCCAACGAAGCAACAUUGGUCGCCGUUCAAAUAGACUAACAAGAGAAAACCUUAAUAGGCACAAUGAAAGUAAUGAACAGCGUAAUUUACGAAAUGAAAUUAAUCGUGAACAGAUGGAUCGUUCGCGUUCGGUUCUUUCGACUCCGCAAGGUAUUGUUCAGAGAAGGCCUAGAGAACGGCCACUCAAUUUAGAAAACGUUGCAUUUACAUAUGAUCGCACUGUCGAUUAUAGUGCCCAUAAGGAUGUUGUAAUCGGGGCAAUGGACGUUUCAUGUCCCAGUUGCCACGCUCUAAAAUUUAAAAAAGAAACCGUGGGCAUGUGCUGCUUACGUGGUAAAGUUAAACUACCAGAAUUAAGAGCUCCACCCGAGCCCUUAAAUUCAUUACUUAAAGGAGCACAUCCCUUUUCCAACCAAUUCUUAGUGAACAUACGAUAUUACAACUCAUGUUUUCAAAUGACUUCGUUCGGGGCUACAAAAAUUGUUGAAGAAGAAAAUUUUAUGCCCACAUUUAAGAUUCAGGGGCAGAUUUAUCAUCGCCAUGGUUCGCUUUUGCCCUAUCCAGAUUCUGAGUUUCAAUUCCUUCAAAUAUAUUUUAUUGGAGAUUUUAAUGAACAAGUUGAUCAACGAUGUGCGAUUACAACUCAAACGAGAAGACAAAUAAUUGCAGAUCUCCAAGAAAUGUUCCAUAUGCAUAAUGAAUUGAUUCACCUUUUUAAGGUUGCACUUGAUCAUAUGCGUACAGAUGAUCACAAAAUUGUUAUUUAUGCGGACAAAAGACCUGCUGGCGAACACGCCAGAAGAUAUAAUGCUCCAACAAUGGAUGAUGUGGCUAUUGUUAUAGUUGGUGAUCAAUUUCAACCACGUGACAUUGUUCUUCAUCGCCGAAUUAGAGGACUGAAAUAUAUAUCAGAAAUGCACCGUUCAUAUGAUGCUUUACAAUAUCCGAUACUUUUUCCAUAUGGUGAUUUAAAUUAUAAAAUGCUAAAUCUUGAAACUGGUUUAGAAGGAAAUAAAAAAAUUAGCUCCAUGCAUUUUUAUUCAUAUCGAUUGAUGCUUCGGCCAAAUGAAGAAAAUUUUAUUGUUAAAUGUCGACAUCUUUUUCAUCAAUACGUAGUCGAUAUGUAUGCGAAAAUUGAAACGGAACGUUUAAAUUACCUCAGAUUUAAUCAGCAAAAAUUGCGCCGUGAAGAAUAUAUUCAUUUACGUGAUGCUGUCCACAAUGAUGGAAAUUUAAAUGAUAUUGGCCAAUUAGUUAUUUUGCCAUCAUCACACAUCGGUAGCCCACGUCACAUGCAUGAAUACGCCCAGGAUGGUAUGACUUAUGUACGACGUGAUGGUCGGCCAGAUUUAUUUAUAACAUAUACUUGCAAUCCGCAAUGGAAAGAAAUAAGAGACCAUUUGCUUUUAGGGCAAAGACCGAUUGAUCGACAUGAUAUAACAGCGCGUGUGUUUAGACAAAAGCUAAGAUCGUUAAUGGAUUUUAUUGUGAAACAUAAAGUUUUUGGUGGUGUUCGUUGCUGGAUGUACUCUAUUGAAUGGCAAAAGAGAGGUUUGCCUCAUGCCCAUAUUUUGAUAUGGUUUGUCACAAAAAUCACAACAGAUCAAAUUGAUAUUGUUGUAUCUGCUGAAAUUCCGGAUAAAACCCUUGACCCUGAAUUGUUUGAAAUUGUGACUAAGAACAUGAUCCAUGGACCAUGUGGCGUUUUAAACCCUCAAUCACAGUGUAUGAUUGAUGGCAAUUGUUCUAAGCGAUUUCCUAAAGAAUUGGUUCAACAAACAAUCACUGGUCAUGACGGUUAUCCAUUAUAUCGUCGUCGCGCAAUAAAUGACAGUGGACAAUCAUUUCGUUUGAGAGUUAAUAAUCAAGAAAUCGAAAUUGAUAAUCGUUGGAUUGUACCAUAUUCGCCUCUGUUGUCUAAAACAUUUAAGGCGCAUAUAAAUGUUGAAAUUUGUAAUUCUGUAAAAUCUAUAAAAUAUAUUUGUAAAUAUAUAAACAAGGGGAGCGAUAUGGCCGUUUUUGGUGUUCCAAAUCAGAACAAAAAUGAUGAAAUUGAUCAAUAUCAAAUGGGCAGAUAUAUUAGUAGUAAUGAAGCAGUAUGGCAUAUUUUUUCAUUUCCGAUUCAUGAUAGGUAUCCAACUGUUCUUCAUUUGUCUGUCCAUCUUGAAAAUGGGCAACGAGUCUAUUACACUCCUGAAAAUGCGGAAGUAAGAGCAGAAAGCCCACCGGAAACAACAUUAACCGCAUUUUUUAAUUUAAGUUCAUCUGAUCAAUUUGCAAGAACAUUAUUAUAUUCAGAGGUUCCUCAAUAUUAUACCUGGCAAGCAUCAAAUAAAAAUUUUCAAAAACGUAAACAAGGAAAUCGAGUUGAUGGUCACAUUGAUAUAUUUCAAACGGAUGCUAUUGGCCGCAUUUAUACGGUCCAUCCAAAUACUGAGGAAUGUUAUUUUUUGCGUUUACUAUUAAUAAAUGUUCGUGGGCCAACAUCUUUUGCAGAUUUACGAACAGUUGAUGGGUAUUUAUGUCCUACAUAUCGUGAAGCAUGCCGGCGUUUAAAUUUACUGGAAGAUGACCAACAUUGGAAUAAUACAUUACAAGAUGCUGCUCUUGCGGCAAAUCCAUAUCAAAUGCGUACUUUAUUUGCAAUUAUAAUAUCUGCAUGUAGUCCGUCGAAUCCACGAGAGCUAUGGGCAAAUCAUUGUGAUCAUUUGUCAGAAGAUAUUUUACAUACAGUUCGUCGUCUAAGAAUGAAUCCACAAUUGGAUUUUACACCAGAAAUUCAUAACGAAGCAUUAAUUAUGAUUGAAGAUUUGUGUUUAGCAAUGUCAAAUAAACUUCUAUCACAAGUAGGUAUGAUUUCACCUGAUCGUGCAAUGCAUGGCACUUUCAAUUUGGAUUUAGAUCGUGAACGAAAUUAUGAUGCAAAUACAUUAGAUCAAUAUGUUCAAAGAAAUGUUCCAUUAUUGAAUGAAAAACAAAAGGAAGCUUACUUUAAAAUCAUGGACGAAGUUAGUGCUGGAAAUGGUGGAUUUUAUUUUUUGGAUGCUCCUGGUGGAACCGGUAAAACAUUUUUACUAUCAUUGUUUUUGGCUGCUGUGAGAAUGAACAAAGACAUAGCGUUAGCGCUUGCAUCGUCUGGAAUUGCAGCAACAUUAUUGGAUGGUGGUCGAACAGCUCAUUCGGCUCUAAAAUUGCCUUUAAAUGUUCAUAUUUUGGAAUUGCCAACAUGUAACAUUUCAAAGAGAUCCGGAAUGGCAAAAGUAUUGCAGCAGUGUAAACUUAUUAUCUGGGACGAAUGUACCAUGGCGCACAAAAAAUCUUUAGAAGCAUUCAAUCGUACAUUACAAGAUUUGAGAGGUAAUAAUCGUCUUUUUGGUGGUGCAUUGGUGUUAUUUGCUGGAGAUUUCAGGCAAACACUCCCGGUUAUUCCUCGAUCUACUGCUGCUGACGAAUUAAAUGCUAGCUUGAAAUCUUCAACAUUGUGGAAGUAUGUGAAAACACUUUCUCUCAACGAAAAUGUAAGAGUGUUAUUGCAAAAUGAUCCAACAGCGGCAGAAUUUUCCAAGCAAUUAUUGAAAAUUGGAAAUGGUGAACUGCCUCUUGAUAUUGAUGGUCAAAUAACAUUCCCAAAUAAUUUUUGUUCGUUAUCAGAAUCGAAUGCUGCGCUAAUACAAAGUGUGUUUCCUAAUAUUGUAAAUAAUUAUCAAAACUAUGAUUGGUUAAGUCAAAGAUGUAUAUUGGCAUGUACAAAUAAGGAUGUUAUAAGUAUCAAUGAGGAAAUUCUGAACAAAAUACCAGGUGAAAUUGUAAUUUACAAAUCUAUCGAUACCGUCACGAAUCCGGAUGAAGUCGUAAACUAUCCAACUGAAUUUUUAAAUUCAUUGGAUCUACCAGGAAUUCCACCACAUUAUUUGAAAUUAAAAGUUGGUAUUCCAAUUAUUAUGCUGAGAAAUCUUAAUCAUCCAAGAUUAUGCAAUGGCACCAGAUUGGUAGUGAAACGUUUAAUGAAAAAUCUAAUAGAAGCAACAAUUUUAACUGGUAAAUUUAAGGGCGAACAUGUUUUAAUACCACGAAUACCAAUGAUUCCAUCUGAUUUGGCUUUUGAAUUUAAGCGUUUGCAGUUGCCUGUUCGUGUCGCUUUUGGUAUGACCGUUAAUAAAUCUCAAGGCCAAACCCUUGAAAUCUGUGGUAUACAUUUGGAACAUCCAGUUUUCUCCCAUGGUCAACUUUAUGUUGGUUGUUCACGUGUUGUUCAUACUCAUCGCUUGGAAUUACGUUGCGCUUUGUGUACGCGCUUACCAAAUUGA